UGUGUGCAUCAUUCUCUCUCGGAACCAAAGAGCCAGUUACCGAUUGUACACCCACGGAAUUCGUUCUGAUCAGACACACAGGGAAUAUGGCGGAGGGAGAUUCAUGGGAUGCUGACCCUUUCGAUCCGGACGAGCCCGCCAUCGGGGCCAAGAAGGCUGUUGUGGCAGACAAAUGGGAAGGCGAGGAUGCGGAUGAGGAUAUCAAGGACAACUGGGAUGAUGACGAGGAGAAAUUGAAGAACGCAGAAGAGAAAAAAGCAGCAAAACUUUCAGAAAAGAAGAAAUUAGCUGAAAAAAUCAAAGAAAAGGAAAGUUUACAAAGAAAAAAACAAGAAGAGUUGAGAAAGAGGUUAGAGGAAUCUCAGGAAACAGAGCUCACACCAGAGGAGGAGCUAGCAAAGAAACUACAGGAAGAGGAAACAGAACUCACACCAGAGGAGGAGCUAGCAAAGAAACUACAGGAAGAGGCUGGUCUUCUACUGGCUCAGGAUGCUUUCGGUGUCGUCAACAACGUAAAAGGAAUUGACGCUGUAAGCCCAACUUCUAAAGAUGACUUUACAGAUUUUGAAAAGUUGUUAAAAGACAAGAUAUCCCCCUUUGAGAGUUCAAUACACUAUUCAGGCUUCCUAGAGUCCUUGUUUCGAGACCUCUGUCUCUCAUUGGAGGUAGAGGACUUUAAAAAAGUCAGCAACUCCCUCACAGUCUUACUAAGUGAGAAACAGAAACAGGAAAAGAACAAAGGAAAGAAGAAGAAGAAAGUUCCUACUGGAGGGAUGAAGGUGAAGAUGAAGGAUGACCUAGCAGACUACGGAGAGUUCCAGGGAGGUUACGCACAAGACUAUGAGGACUUCAUGUGAUGUGACACCAACCGACUGCUGAGUCCCAAAUGGCCCCCUAUUCAAGUAGUGCCUUUAUAUAAAGGGGAUAGGGUGCUAUUUGGGAGGCUCCCAAUGUCUUUUCCCACUCCCUCUCAGCUCUCCACCACCUCAGAGCAUGACCCCUGAUCUAUGACCUAUUCUACUGCCCAAAGCCAUCCAAUGAGAACCACCCUUAUGUCGGCCCGCUGCACACACAAACAAGAUUCUGAAAAAGAAGUGUUGAAUGGUUUGACGAAGAACGUGAACAUCUGAUCUCAACGUGGUCUGUUUCUCCUCGUUAGGAUUCCAUUGGACGAUUCCUCGAAAACUGACUGACCAAUAAGACAAGUAACUGAACCCUGAGUCUCCUUCAUUGUUCUGGAUUCCAACAUGUUUUACCAGCAUACUCUUGUGUUUUUCCCAAUCCUACAAUGAAUUCCAAUUUCAUCUUUAAAAUAAAUGAUCUGUCAAUAAAAUGAAUUGUUACUGUUUGACGACUGAAGGUAGAAGGGAAAUAAAUUUGUUGUUCUAUGCAAAUCAGA